GCCGCCGCAGCCACCGCGGGCCCUGGUCUUCCGCUUCGGCAUGUCCGGCUCCUUCCAGCUGGCACCGGCCGACGAGCUACCUCGCCAUGCCCACCUGCGCUUUUACACCGCGCCCCCUGGCCCACGGCUCGCCCUGUGCUUCGUGGACAUCCGUCGCUUCGGCCGCUGGGACCUCGGGGGCGAGUGGGGGCCGGACCGCGGGCCCUGCGUGCUGGGGGAGUACGAGAGGUUCAGGGACAAUGUGCUGCGGAACCUGGCAGACAAGGCCUUUGACCGGCCCAUCUGCGAGACUCUCCUGGACCAGAGGUUCUUCAAUGGCAUUGGCAACUACCUGCGGGCAGAGAUACUGUACCGGCUGAGGAUCCCCCCCUUCGAGAAGGCCCGCACCGUCCUGGAAGCCCUGCAGCAGCGCAAGCCGAGCCCGGAGCUGACCCUGAGUCAGAAGAUCAGGAACAAGCUGCAGAACCCAGACCUGCUGGAGCUGUGUCACUCAGUGCCCAAGGAAGUGGUCCAGCUGGGGGGCAAAGGCUAUGGGCCGGAGAGUGGAGAGGAGGACUUUGUGGCCUUCCGAGCCUGGCUGCAGUGCUAUGGCAUGCCAGGCAUGAGCUCCCUGCGGGAUCGGCAGGGCCGCACCAUCUGGUUCCAGGGAGACCCAGGACCCCUGGCACCCAAAGGGGGCAAGUCUCGCAGAAAGAAACCCAAGGCAGCACCCCCGGGUCCGGAGGACAGGACGGAGGACCCUCCACCUCCAAGCAAGGCCCCUUCCCGGACACGAAGGGCACAGAGAAGCCUUCCUGAGAAGAGUACAACCCAGCAGCCUAAGGGGACCCACCUCCAGCAGGACCCACAGGCUCCCCCAGAACCUGGGAAAGGGAGGAGGAAGGGGCAACGGGCUGCCUCAGGCCGCCCCAGACCCCGGAGGAUGAAGCCUGAUACUCUGUCCUCGGAGCCAGACGGGACCUCGGCCUCCUAGCAGGAGGGCCUGCUUGCGUGUACCCAGCUUUUGUGCUGUCUGGCUCCGAGGCUCUGCCCUGGGGCCUCUCCGAGCUCCCAGCACCACCAUGAUGGUUUUAAGUGCACCCCCCACCCCACACGUUUUAAGCCCACAUAUAAAAUGCUGUAUUUUUA